AGGUUCUGUUUGCUUGCACCAUUUUUUUCUUCUGUGUGUUUCAUUGUUCUAUGGUUUUCAAGUUCUAGCUUUCAGUGUUCUCUUCCUACAAAGAAAGUCUUCUCCUUUGAGCUCCAUUAAAGUUCUGUUUCUUUCAAAAAUCCUUUUUUCUCUUACCAAGUUCUGUUCUUUUCUUGUUUAUUGGGGUCCCAUUUGAGAACCAUCUUCUCAUCUCUCUCCAAAAAAGGAAAGAAAAAAAAAAGGAACUGUUUUUACUUUGAAAAUUAGCAACUUGAAGCAGGACAACUCAAAUGGGUGCUUCAGGGAAAUGGGUGAAAUCUAUUAUAGGCUUGAAAAAGCCAGACAAAGAGGACCAAGAGAAGGUAAGUGGGAAGAGCAAGAAAUGGAGGUUGUUUAGGAGCUCUUCCGGGGACUUGGUUUCCUCGUGGAAGGUCUUUAAAGGGAAGCACAGAGGAGAGUCAGAUGGGUCUGACUAUGCAACUGAUGCUUUCACCGCCGCAGUGGCCACAGUAGUUCGAGCUCCUCCUAAAGAUUUUAGGGUUGUAAGGCAAGAAUGGGCAGCCAUUCGUAUCCAAACUGCUUUUCGAGGCUUCUUGGCGAGAAGAGCUUUGAGAGCUUUAAAAGGAAUUGUAAGGCUUCAAGCCUUGGUUCGUGGUCGACAAGUGAGGAAACAGGCAGCUGUUACACUUAGGUGCAUGCAAGCCCUUGUUCGUGUUCAGGCCCGAGUCAGGGCUCGUCGUGUGAGAAUGUCUAUAGAAGGACAGGCGGUUCAAAAGAUGCUUGAUGAACACCGAAGCAAAGCUGAUCUCUUGAAACAAGCAGAGGAUGGAUGGUGUGAUAGCAAAGGAACACUAGAAGAUAUAAAAGCAAAAUUACAAAUGAGGCAAGAAGGAGCCUUCAAGAGAGAGAGGGCACUUGCUUAUUCUCUCGCACAGAAGCAAUGGAGAUCAAACAGUUCUCCAAAUGCCCGAAUAAACAAUUCUGUUCCAUAUCUCAAGAAUCAAGAAUUUGACAAAAACAGCUGGGGAUGGAGUUGGCUAGAACGUUGGAUGGCAGCCAGGCCAUGGGAGACCAGAUUGAUGGAACAAUCACAUCUUGACUCCACAGAGGCAACUCCACCAAAGAGCUAUGUAGAGGCCCCCGUAGGAAAGAACUCAAGAUCUUUAGAUUCCCUUGAAGGAAAGAAUUCAAGAUCUUCUGAACCAUGUCCUGUGAAAGUAAGGAAGAACAAUGUCACAACUAGGAUUUCUGCAAAGCCUCCCCAUAUUGGGCAAAUUACUCAUUCAUCUUCAAGCCCAAGUUCUGAAUAUCCAUAUGAAGAGAGCUCAGGUUCAUCCUCUAUUUGCACUUCUACAACACCAGUUUCUGGGAAUACAAUUCUGGCUUCAGAAAGAGCAGAAGAGGGUGGCAAUUUUAGACCAAACUACAUGAACCUGACUGAGUCUACUAAGGCAAAGCAAAGAAUGCAGAGAGUUCAAAGGCAGUCCAUGGAUGAGUUCCAGUUCAAGAGAUUGGCUGCUAUCUAUAAUGGGGAUUCAAAAAGUAGUGCAGUUUCGGAUCCUUCUGUCAAUUUCUCUAGACCACUUAACCUACCAACACGAUUCGAUAAAAGCUCAGUGAAACAAAGGGAGGGGGGUAACUACAUGGGUGAUUGAUCGUUGUUUUUCUUAAAGAAGUCCAACAUCUUGUUGUUCAAUGUCAUUUAGAAUGUGGAUGAAAUUGGUAAGCUGUAGCAAAAGCAAGCCCUUGUGAGCACUUUGUAUCUGAUCUGAGGAUAAUUCAUUUUGUAAAAUUGUUCAGUUUAGUGUUGAUUAUGUUGAAAUUAAGAGUCCUCUUCGUUUCCCUAAAGUCAUUUUGAUGAUUUGAACGAGAAUUAAGUACUAUUUAGCUG